UUUAAUGUAUUAUACAUUAAACCUUCCUUUUUAACCACUCUAUCUAAAUAUUUAAAAAAACCGCAUGAAAAUCGGUUACGUAGUUUUGAAGAUUUAAGCGUUCGGACACGGGGAAUAGCGUCUUUGUUUUAUACUACGUAGUGAUUGUUGUGGAAAGCUACUCUUCGCCUGUACAGACACAACCUCUGUCCAGUCUAUUCUCCUUAUUAUAACACGCCUGUUACUGAGGACUGUUUACACUAUCGGGAUCACUCUGAUGAUAUUUCAUGACAUUUAGAAAAAAUAUGCUUUCACGUAUAAGCCUGGGUCUAUUUGGAUUUCUGACACACAUACGAUUAGAUGAUAUCUUACAGAAGCUGAUAUUGUAGUAUUCCGGACAGCUUCAAGUAAAUCUGUGAGUAAAAACACAGAAACAGAAACCAAAGAAAGUAACUCUUGCUUGUAAUAUAUCAUUAUAGUUACUAGGUAUUGGUAAAAACCGUGUAAACUACAUGCAGUACAUGUAGAUAAUUAAGUACCGAGAUGUUGUUGUAUCGACAGAAUCGUCCGCUGUGCCUGUUCUACUUCACGCACCCGUUCGGCGUGCUGUCGCCCGAGCCGCCGACGCUGGCCGCGGCGCCGGCGCACAUCGCGCGCGCCUUCCUCAACAUGCAGCCCGUGGCGCCCUUCACGCUGUGGAGCCCCCCGGGCGCCGCGCCCGCCGCGCCCGCCUCCGACGACGACUACAACACCGCCAGCUCGGGCUCGCGGCCCAGCUUCGAGCUGGGCAACGCCACGGUGCACCGCGCGCCGCUCAACCUGCUGAGUGUGACGCGCACGCGCAACUGCACGCUCGACUUCAGCACCAGCCGCGACUCCGUGUCCGAGUCGUUGUUCGCUACCGACAUGUGGUUCAACUCGAGCUCGAGCUACCGGACUACCGACUACCGGCGCCGGCUGGUCCCCUACAACAAGAUCCUGCCGCCGUUACAGCUGCCCAGCCCCAAAGACUCCACUAACUUGUCUAGUUCCGAUGACUUUUGGCCAAAAAAAUGUUUAAAUCCUGAGAAAUUCUCUCUGCCCCCCAUCGAAAUGCCUUCAGUGAAUGUGAAAUCAGCUCGGAGUAAAAAGUGUAGCUUGAGCUCUGAGGAAGCGUCGAGCGCUGAAGGGCCGACGGCGCGCAGCCCGCGGCACCGGCGCCGCCUGGGCGUCAGCAAGCCGCGCCGCGCGCGCGCUGCCGACCUGCGCCGCCUGCUGGCGCUGCGCAUGCGCCGCGCCCUCGCAGGAGAGUCGCCACCCACCGCUUCAUCGGCGACUACAAAAGGCUGCGCGCGCGGCGUGUCCCCGGCGCUGCGCGACGCGCUCCGCACGCUGCGCGACGCGUGGCCCGAGCCGCGCUCGCUGCGCAGUCGCUGUGCCGCGGCGUACCGUCCCCCCGCCCCCGCGCCGCCCACACGUCCCGCCCGCGCCGCCAUGGAGCGCGCCGCCGCCGAGCUGCCCCCGCGCGCCGGCGCCUCGCCCGGCCUGCUCCGCCGCCGCUAUUCAGUGCCCGAGACUAUAAUGAGGAAGUAUCGUCUCGCGCAACAAAGAUCUGAGUCCGAGGAGAGCGCGCCCGCUAGCAACCGGUCGGGCGCGUCGGCGUCGCCGUGCAGGGACGGCAGCGGGUCGCCCACGGAGCCGGCGCACCGUUUCCUGCGGCGCGACCGCGAGCUCAUGCGGCGCUCGGCGCUGAUGCGGCGCAUGUGGGGCCGCGGCGCCGAGCCGUGCCGCAGCUGCUGCUGCUGCGCGCCCGGCGCCCGCGAGACGCGCUCGCUGGACGGCUCGCGCUCCGAGCUGCGCGCGCUGUCCAGCCUCGCGUCCUCGCGCCACUCGCCCGGCGCCGGCUGGGCCUCGCCAAAGCGCCAGCGGCUCGACUCCUCGCGAGACUUCCGCGGCAGCGACGAAAUGCUCCGCGCCGCUAUGAAGAACAGCUACGACCGAGCUGAAGAGUCGCGACACGACAGGGACACGCGAGCUGACUUUUCAGAUUCUACGUAUCGGUCCCACGGCCACGAACCAUCUCCGUACGCAGAGAAAGCAAGUAAUAUGUUUACCGACAGUGAUGGCUCUAAAUUCCAUGUUAUGGCAGCCCGAAAUGCAUUCGUAGAAUAUUCAGAUCAGCAGUCGUCAGAUAUGACCACUAUGGAAUUAAAAUCAAGCACAGCAGACGACGUGCCCAUAUCCAGCAAAGAAUCUGCGCAGUCACCAGUGAGCGACGAGCGCUCGCUGUCUGACUCGUCGGAAACGUACUCGGCGUCGUACCCGACCGCCAAGGAAGGGCGGCUCGACGAGCUGGUCGCGCGGAGCGGCCACUGCGCAGGCGUCGUCAGCGAGUCCGGCCUGCACCGUGACGACAACGACGCGGUGCCCUACGACAAGCCCCUCGCCGUCCACACGCCCUCCUACGAAGUGCUGGAGAUCGUUGUGUCGGAGACGCUCAACCUCAGCGCCACGCCCACCAUCGGCACGCUAUCGCCGGACAAACCCGCGCACUGCUCGCGCCCUCCGACAAUCAGCCAGAAGAACGCCCACAAUAUUAAUAUUGACGAGUACGUAUCUAACAUUCUAGUGGAGAGUCUUAAUUCUUUGACGGAUCAAUUAGAAUGUAUGAAUGCCUCCAUGGGAAACGAGAGAAAAAUCAGUAUCGUUGAAAAAGAAAUAAAAGUAAAGCUUCAAAAUACAGGAGUGAACACAAUAGUUCACUUGAGCCCAACAUCAAACAAUCAGAUCAUAUUUGGUAACGAGGAACUGUGUAUAAACGAAGAGGGCAAGGACGAUUGCAACAACAAGACCGACGCCAGCGCACUAGCCAUCCGCGACGAGCUGCCCAGCGCCGAGUCCAACAACAACCGCGCCAGUUCGCCCGGCGGCUUCGACCUGCAGCACGACGCCGUCAACCAGGCCGUGCUGCAUCAGAUACAGAAGCUGUUCCGCGACGAGCUGCACCAGUCGCCGCCGGAGAUAUCGCACAUAGAGAUAUCCAAUGUGACGGACGUGUUCAUCAACAACGACAACGAGCCCAGCCGGACGGACGCUGAGGGCGGCGCACGCUACGAGCUCAUCAGCGGCGUCGGCACCGGCAGCUACUACCCUGACGCGGACGACAACCCCGUGGUGCCGCGCUUCUCCGCCUUCCCGCACACCGAGUCCAUGGAGGUGAACACCUCCUCUUCCGACGACGCAGACCUCAUGGGCUCCGACUGCACCAGUCUCGUGGACAGCCUCGACGAUCCCAACUCGCCGCGCUCCGUGCUGCUGCGCCGGGCGCUCAGCACCAGGCGCAGCGAGCUCGUGCGCUCCGCCAUAGAUGUGCUGGACCUGCUGCCGGAGAACGCCGCCAACAACGAAGUGUACACCCCCAAGGACAAAGGCGAGUCGUUCUUUAUUCAAAUAACAGAUAACGAGUGCGACUGUGAUAAAGAAAAUGUCAACGUCGCUGAUCGAAUGCCCGAGAAAAUAAAACAGAGACUGUACCGACGGCAUCGGAAGAGAGAAAUGCGUAUGGAGUGCGCGCGACGGUCGCGCGGCAAGCAGCGCGCGCGGGAUGGCGAGCGAGCCGCGUGCCGCGACGGAGAGCGGGCCGCCCGCCGCGACGGAGAGCGGGCCGCCCGCCGCGACGGAGAGCGGGCCGCGCGCCGCGACGGUGAGCGGGCCGCGCGCCGCGACGUCACGCGCGACUGCCUCGCCAUCGUCAACGCGCUCAUCGACGACGUCAUCGCCAAGGUGGCGCAGGACGAGUACAAGUGCAUGCGCAUCAAGCACCGCCCCAAUCGAAUGGUCACCUCCAAAUCCGACGACAAUGUAGCCAAACGGACUUGGAAGAAACAACUAGAGCCAAUUAACGACCGAGAUCCAUUCAAAUCUUCGAAGAAUAACUCAAGAUUAGACGUCAUCGAUUUAGGAAAACAAAAAAGCGAGCGGCAACAAAUACACGGAAAAUUGUCGCUUAUGACUCGACCCACCGACGAUCGCGCUGCCAAGAGAAUAUAUCAAAAAUCGGAAAUACACGACGGUAACAAAUGUAUCGAAAUAUUAGAAAUUUUGGAAUACGUAAACGGUUCACAGAGUUCACCAGAAACAACGAAUUCCGAUGAGAAUCAAAAUCUUAGUAUGAAAAAUAAAAAAUCACGAAUACCUAUCCCAAUUUAUGAGAAAAUGCAAAGGUACACGAGCAGUGACUCGAAUAAAAACAGCAAACGCAGUUCAUUGCCUCGCACCGAGCACGGCAGCAACGCCAACAGACUGAUCACAGACAUGCUGCUGGGGGCGCUGGCGUCCCCUCCCUCCACGUCCCCGCCAGCCUCGGCGCCCGCCUCCCCAACCCCCGCGGCGCCCGCGUCACCGCCGCGCCGCGCCUCGCUGCCGGAGCCACGCUCGCGCUCCAACUCUCUGCGUUUCAAGCAGACAUUUGACAUCAUCCCGGAGGAACGCAGCAGCCUGAGCCUCGACUCCGGCAACGAAGAUCUAAACCAUAAUCGCCGAGCAUCUGCGCCUGACCCACCCAACCAGUCCCACCACGCCCAGCCAUAUGACGUGCCCUCUGCGCACUUGGCUACGGGUACCUACAGUCCACCUCAUAAAUUAAAGCCUCGAGGGGAUUUAUCGGGUCGGUGCAAAGAUAUGAAAAGCGCAGGUACAUCUCCAAUGACUGAUAGUGAUGGGGAAAAGCGGUUCAGAUCUAAAAAUCAGAUCACAAUGACGUCCCCUGGCAGCAAAUCAGCUACGACCAGCCCCAUGCGCCUGUCGAUAAGCGAAGCAGGGACGAAAGCGGACGUGGAGCCGAGCAGCAAGCGGACAGCAGCCCGCGGGCGCGGCUGCACGCCCGCGCCGCGGCACGACGCAGGUACCUCGCUGUCGGUCUCGUGCGCACCGCUGCCGCACCGCACUGCCUCCGUGCCCGUCGAAUCCAUGAGCACGCAGUACUCAAGAGAGUGUGCUCAAGAGCCGCGGCGGUCCGAGCGGCCGGAGCGGCUGGAGCGGCCGCCGCGGCCUGCGCCGCGCCGCCCCCCGCGCUCUCCCGACGAGCGCUCUGACCGCUCACACGACGACUCCGCCCACAACCUCGGGGAAAAACGAAAAUCUCGGAGUUUCUCCCUUGACAGAAGUGACGCCGCCGGGGUUCACUCGUCCCCAGUGAAACUGCCUGAGUUCAAGGAGGGCGGUGGCAGCGGCGGCGCCACGUCGAGCGACAGCAGCGAGUCGGGCGGCAGCCUGCUGUGCUCGCUGGCGCCGCGCUGGCUGGCGCAGGGCCGCGCGCGCCGCCACGCCCGCCGCCGCCCGCCCGCGCCCGCCGCUGACUCGCCGCCCCCAGGCGGCUGGUCGGUGACGGUGGCGGGGUCGUGCCGCGCCGCGCUGCCCGCCGACGUCGAGAUGCGUCUGCGCUUCCCGAACGACGCGCGCGCGCCCGCCCCGGCGUCCUGCCAGGAGUGCACGUGCCGGCACUGCGCGACGUGCGCGUGCGGCGCGCGCCCCCCCGCGCCCCCCGCCGCCGCCGCGCUGCCCCCCGCGCCGCCCCACCCCCCGCCCCCCCCGCGGGCGCGCGCCGACUCCAAGCUCACGCUCACCAUGAAGAAGGAGGCGCUGGACUCUUCUAUCCUUGCGUCGAAGAGUAGGAAGAAGUCCGGCUCGCCGCUGCCCGACGUGGAGACGUACCGCGCGUCGCGCAGCAAGCUCCGCAGCUCCGUCAAGACGCGUCGGGGGUACUCCCUGCACUGCUGGCUGCCAGACGACGAAGCCGCGCCGCUCAGGCCGAGUAACGGGCUGUCGGUGCUGGGCAGCGCCAUCAUCCCGGAGCUGAAGCCGCGCGUGCCCACCAUGAGCGAGCGCGACCUGACGCGCGUGUACACGCCGCGCCACUAUCUGCGCUCCUAGCCCUGCGUGUGUCGUCUGUGGCGCUCCAUCGUUCAAAACUAAAUGCCAUUCAUAUUAUAUCUUGUAUAUUGAUAAUAAAUUUACCAAUUUUAUAAAAAAAU